AUGACGGCAAGAAUGUCCAUGAAUGUGCUGCUUGAUCCAUGCUUCAACCACCUGGAGAUAUACCAGGAUAUCCAGUUGAGGUCUUGUAUGAUCUCGGUUCUCCAACCCACUGUUUCCAAACUGAGUGAGGGGCCAUGGCACAAAGGCCCCAUCUUGACUGCCAAUACGGCAAAUUACGAUGUUGUUCUUCCAAGGCAUACCCCGCUCGGUACUAUACGAGCAGCUGAGGAAAUCCACUCUACCACAUACCAGUCUACAGAGGCACAACAACCACCAGCAGCACAAAUAAACUCUGUCACACCAACUGAGACUGGCGAUGAUUGGAUACCACCGGUAGACCUCAGUCACUUGUCUGACCAGCAGCAUCAACUGGCGACACAGCUGCUUAAGAGGGAAUGGUGUGUGCAAGAAAGAAAGAUNGGUUCCCUUCACUUGUGCAUCAUCUGCUGGGAACUCAACCGCAAGACCAUUCCAGACAGGCAACCCAUACCACAGAUGCAAGAUGCUUUGAACAGUCUGGAGGGUAACACAUGGUUCUCAACAUUUAACCAGGGCAAAGCCUAUCACCAAGGAUUCGUGGUCGAAGACAGCCGGGCAGCAACAGCAUUCAUCACCCCCUGGGGCUUCCAUGAGUGGUUACGCAUCCCAUUUUGCCUCACCAAUGCCCCCACCGUUUUUCAGAGGUGCUUUUUGGAACCAAAGAAGCAUAUGAUGCUAGAUAACACGGACCUACCACAUCAGACCAUCAGUGUGCAGAGCAUCGUUGAACCACUGAGGGAGAACAGAUUUGCUAAAUGUGAUAGAUGUACACUACUAAGAACAUCAAUGGAUAAAUCAAAGAGGAAAGAGCUGUAUGAAAAGAGGGAUCGUCAUUUACGGCUUCAAAACAAUGAGAGAUGCAAAUACUAUAAACAUAUUCAGAAGUCCAAGGCAUCACACAGGCAAUACAUAUCAAUCAUCAUAGAUGGCGUGGACCAGAAGUCAACAAGCUUGCCAAAGUUCUUGAUUGAACCAAAGUCUAUGUCAUCUAUGUGGAAACUGCCCACACAUAUCACCGGGGUUAUAGUACACGGCAGGGGGCAUCAUGAGUACAUCAACAUCAAAGAACUCCCCCACGACAGUAAACUGACUAUCAACGUUUUGCUCCAGACCCUUCUGAAAUAUCCUUCUUUGCCACCAACUUUAUACCUACAACUGGACAACUGUGGACGCGAAAAAAAAAAUGUUCUUGCUCUUUGCUGCCUCCUAGUUGAGCUGCAGAUAUUCAAAAAGAUAAAAGUUAGUUUCCUGAUGGUCGGCCACACCCACGAGGACAUAGACCAGAUGUUCUCUAGGUUCUCAAUGUUCCUAUGGAGGCACAAGGUGCACACGCUGUCAAGACUACCAACUGCUCUGCCAGAGGCAUUUAACAAGCCCGACACAACAGCGGAAAGACUGGGCAAAUCCGUGAAUUUUAGGGACAGGAUCAAACCACACCUGAAUGAAGUAGCGGAUCACAGCCGACCACAUGCGUUCAAAUUCACACGGGACAGGACAGGUAAGGCAGUAAUGCACACCAAAGGAUGGGGCAGCACUGGUGAUGAGUGGCUUCCAUGCACUUGUACCCAGGAGAAUGUGCCAUGCUACCAACUCCUCAAUGGACAUCCAGAUGGACAGCCAGAUGUGGUCCAACUGGAUUUUGGCCCCCUCAAUCUAGACAGGCUGCAACGGGACAUCGCAAAGCUGAAGGUGCUGGCUUCUUCCCAAUCUCGGACAUUUUGGCAAACAAGAUUACUGCAGAGCAGACGAGGACAGUACACAUACUGGAUCAACAGACUGAAGAUGUCCAGUUCGCUUUGGGAAAAACGGGCAAACAAGAAUCACCAAGCUGAACUUAAAGUAGGUAAGAUGAUUGGAACUCAUUUGACAGCAUACACUCAUGACUGGCCACAGAUAGGAGAGAUUAUCUCAGUUAAUGAUAAGGAUGACAUUAUACAGUUGGUAUGGUACACAGGAACAUACUCCAGCAAAUGGAAGCCCCUUAACAAAAAGAUUCCCAGGAAAAGGGGGGUGCAAGCAUGGAAAGAGGGUAUCGAGACAAGUUGUAUUAUAUGUGAUCUAUUUGAUCUUACUCGGGCCACAAAGCUCCCUUGAGAGGUUGGGACAACCCUAAAAGCUAAGUAUGAACAAAUUUAUCAUUAACUGUGAUUCUAGAGCUACCAUCGCUGCUCUUUUGGAACUUUACCAUGAUCACUUUUACUUUUUGGA